AUGGAAGAUCUAGGUACUGAUGCUACUAGGAAGCUCCAUGUGGAAAUAGAAUUUAAUCGUGUAUUUUCUCCCAUUGUGUGGGAUAUCUAUCUCCUUGCACAAUGGCAUUAUGAUUUGGAAUACACAGUCUUACACAAACAUCAUGUGAUUCUCUCAGUUAAACCUUUAGUUUUCCUCACGGGCGAAAAGGCUAAUUCAAUAUUAAAACGCUACCCAAGAGCAAAUGGGUUUUUUGAAGAAAUAAGACAAGGCAACAUUGAACGUGAAUGCAAAGAAGAAGUCUGCACGUUUGAAGAAGCCAGAGAAGCUUUUGAAAAUACUGAGAAAACCAAAGAGUUUUGGAACACCUACACAAAAGCUCAACAAGGAGACAAUAACAGAGGAAGUGACUGGUUUCAGUUUUAUCUUACAUUUCCUUUAAUCUUUGGUCUCUUUAUUAUCCUCCUUGUCCUUUUCCUAAUCUGGAGAUGCUUCCUAAGAAACAAAAUUCGCAGACAGACAGUGACUGAAGGCCACAUUCUUCCUCAAUACCUUAAUAUCAUCACUCCUUCUCCCCCACCAGAUGAAGUGUUUGAUAGCAGUGGCUUAUCCCCAGGCUUUCUGGAAUAUGUUGUUGGGCGUUCAGAUUCCGUCUCCACUCGUCUGUCCAAUUGUGACCCCCCACCGACCUAUGAGGAAGCCACUGGGCAGGUGAAUCUGCAGAGGAGUGAUACGGAGCCUCAUUCAGAUCCACCACCUGAGUACGAUGACAUCAUCAACUCCAGCUCUGCCAGUGCCAUUGCCAUGGUGCCUGUGGUCACCACCAUCAAAUGAAGCUCCCAACUUUUUACUAUAAUCAUUUUUAAAAUACUAAUGAAAGAAAUUUCUAGCACUUUACCACUACAUAAAUGUGCAUUCAUCUAUUUUAUUGAACUCUUAAAGCAUACCACUCUUUUAUAGUUUGAUUUGAUUUUCAUGGUUUCCUGGUAUAAAAUUAUGAUUCCUGCUAAUUUUGGCUCAUGGAAAUAGGUCUAGGUGGGAAAACAUAAUAGCGGAUGAUUCCGUGUGAUGUGAUGAGGUUAAUUCUGUGCAUAUAUGCAUGUGGCCAGUAUAUUUGUAACUGUCUCACUCUUAUCCAAAUAAUUUGUAAAGAAAACAUUACUCACCAAAAUUGGGGAUGAAAGACAUGAACAAUUUGUGAAA